AUCUUCUUCACGUUCCGGGCUGGGACACAUGUGGCUACCUGACAGACGACAAUGUCCGAAAUAAAAGAAUCUGAGAUACAUCUGCGUUGCCUAUGAGAGAUACAUUUUGAUCCCCUCUGAGCACCAUGAUUAUUCGCGUGCUCACCCUCUCGCAUCCCCUCACCAUCGUAGCCGAGCCUCUGACUGCCGUGGCCUUUGCCCCCUUCGGCGCCGUGCUUGCGAAUCCGGCCCCUGACGUUCAUCCCCAGCCGAAUGACGCCCAUACGAACCCUCCGCUUCUUCCUGAUUUUGGCGCUGUCUCUGCCAACCAGAGGACUGCCAUCCAAUAUCGGAAGAUUGCGCCGCCCCUAAGAAACUUAUAUGCCCAAUUCUCCCCCACUGCUGCUGCUGCUGUCGCUGCGGCUUCUUCUAGCAGCGAUAAGGCGGAUAAGGCAGAGAGGCUUCUCGGCGGCGAGCCACGCACCACCAUCUUCGUAUGCGGUGCGCGGCAGCUUGCCCCUGACCCGGAAAAUGGUACAGGAGACGGGGCAAGCCUACUCGAGGUCGGCCUGCUCGAGCGGCACCCUUUCACAACCCAGACUUUCGUGCCGCUAGGUGCCUCCGCCUCGAGCACGCGGUAUCUCGUCAUUGUCGCGCCGAGCCUACCCCCAGAUGACAGUGGCAACGAAAGGGACUCCUCACUGCCAACGCCACCUCGCAGCCACAAAGACGGGUUGCCAGGCCCCGGCAUGCCUGACGUACAGCAGCUGCGCGCGUUCGUAGCGACGGGCGCGCAGGCUGUGACGUAUGGCGCGGGGACGUGGCACGCGCCCAUGGCCGCCCUGGGAACCCCCGGGUCAGCUAUCGACUUCGUCGUCAUACAGUUCGCCAACGACGUCCCCAUCGAGGACUGCCAGGAGGUGGUGCUCGAGGGAGAAUGCGUGCGAACGAAGGUAGUUCCAACCCCUCAAGGAUAACGGUGUGGGUGCCGAAGGAGCCAUAGGAAUCGAUAAUUAGGUGUGCGAUCUGUUUGGUCCUCUACCAAGACUAUGAACUCGAGAUCCUCCCCUCCCCCCUUCCCCUCCCCUUCCCUCUCUUCCUGUCCGAGAUAAGGCGCCUGCGUGUCUAGCGACCUCGUUCGUUCUUUAAGGA